AUGACGGCCAACACAGCGACGUCGGAGGAACAUCUGCUGGGAAAUGGUGGCCACGCCCAAGAGCCCUCCACGCCCACCUCCUCCUUGGAUACCGCGGAUACUUCCGAUACAACUACUUUACCCAGCGAACUGAGCGAGAUCUUCUUCGUGGACAACAGCCGGCGCAAGCAGAGCAUCAAAAUCCAGGUGAAACUCUGCCCCGAGGGCGUUUACCUGCGUCGCGAGACCGACGAGGAUGAUCACAUCAACGAGCAGCUGAUCAGGAUCGAUGAUAUCAUAGGUUCACGCUAUGGACCUCGUCUUAAAAAACGCGCUAGAGGUGGCCUGACCUCCUGCCGUAAUCCCCAGGUGCCCACGGGACAGGAGGAGGAACCCGAACCGGAUAGCGAUAAUAGUGCCUAUCUGUACAUCUAUGCCUAUUUGAAGAAGGAGAAGCCGUUGAGGAGGGUUCAAACCCUCAGGAUUCUACGCUUCCGAUCGAGCAAUGACUAUGGCGUCAAUCUUCAGACCGCCGAGCAGUGGCAUCAUACGAUUCGCAGGCAUAAGAGGGGUUCCGGAUCUCAAUUUCCGGAUUCUCCCAAGCCGCUGCUUAUACUACUAAAUCCCAAAUCGGGUUCGGGCAAGGGUCGCGAACUCUUCCAGAAACAGGUGGCCCCACUGUUGAGCGAAGCGGAGGCCCAGUACGAUCUGCAGAUCACCACACAUCCGCAAUAUGCCAAGGAGUUUGUGCGAACGAGGAGGGAUCUCUUGGAACGCUAUUCCGGGAUAGUAGUGGCCUCUGGCGAUGGACUCUUCUAUGAAGUUUUGAACGGUCUAAUGGAACGUCUGGAUUGGCGACGUGCCUGCCGGGAGCUUCCCUUGGGCAUUAUACCCUGCGGUUCGGGCAAUGGUCUGGCCAAAAGUGUGGCCCAUCAUUGCAAUGAACCCUACGAACCCAAGCCCAUUCUCCAUGCCACCUUGACCUGCAUUGCCGGCAAGAGUACUCCCAUGGAUGUGGUCAGGGUGGAAUUGGCGCCGAGGGAUAAACACUAUGUGAUGUACUCCUUUCUGUCCGUCGGUUGGGGUCUUAUAGCCGACAUCGAUAUAGAAAGUGAGCGCCUGCGAUCGAUUGGAGCUCAACGGUUUACCCUGUGGGCCAUUAAGCGUUUGAUUACGCUGAGAACUUACAAGGGCAGGGUAUCCUAUUUGCUGUCGAAGAAGCAAAAGAAUCAGGAGAAGCCAGUAGAAGUGGCCAGGGAAGCCAAGGAGAGUAUACCAUCUAUACGUUCUUCUUUACCCAUAAAUGCUAACGGAGAAUUUCGGGAUUUACCCGAGGAGGAGGAAGAGGAUGAACAGUUUGCCGAUGCCAUUUCCCUGGAUCGUUCGGUUUAUCGCCAACAUGCCGACAGCUGGCACUCGGCCAUGUCGAGGAGAACGGCCUACUAUUCCCUUGGGGGACCCAGUCUGCGCUCCAAUCGCAGUCGAAUGAGUUUGAGCCAACGCAUCGAGGCGGCCAAUGCGGAUUUCGCUGAGAAAGUGCCAACGGGCACGAUUCCCGGUCUACAGAUUCCAGUUCAGGGUUGCGAAGAUUGGAUCUCCGAGGAGGGUGACUUUGUGAUGGUCCAUGCCGCCUACACAACGCACCUCUCGUCGGAUGUGUUCUUUGCACCCGAAUCCCGGCUAGACGACGGCCUCAUCUAUCUGGUGAUCAUCAGGAGCGGUGUGAGCCGACAUCAGUUGCUCAAUUUCAUGCUCAGCCUGAAUACGGGCACCCAUCUGCCCGAGGAUGGCGAGAAUGAUCCCUUCAUCAAGGUCGUCCCAUGCCGGGCAUUCCGCAUCGAACCGAGCAGCUCCGAUGGCAUCCUGGUUGUGGAUGGCGAACGGGUGGACUACGGACCCAUCCAGGCGGAAGUGAUGCCCGGACUGAUCAAUGUGAUGACCACCAGUGGUCAGUAGUCGG